AACUUAAAACACCAACUGGGCAUCUGCGCAUGUGCGGUGGUUGUUUUGACUUUGCACACCAGUGGCGAUGGCAAAAUGUUUUGUUAAAUGGUUUAAUGAAAUGAGUGGUAGCCGUGGGCAUGUAGCCAACCGUUCAGUGCUUCAGUUGUAGCUUUGUGUGAGUUAAACUGACGAAACAAGAGGAGACAUGGCUGAGGAAAUAUUCAGGAAAGAAGAAACCCUCGAAAUGAGGCAGCGGUUAAUUGGCCAGUCGUGCAGACUCUUCUAUUCAGAAGCCCCUGUGAAGAUAGUCAAAGCCAGAGGACAGUAUCUGUUUGAUGAAAAUGGCAAACGCUAUCUGGAUUGCAUCAGUAACGUCCAGCAUGUGGGACAUUGUCACCCCGCUAUAACAAAGGCUGCUACGGCUCAAAUGGACCUCCUGAAUGCAAAUACACGCUUUCUCCAUGACAACAUAGUCCUGUAUGCAGAUCGCCUGGCAGCUACCUUGCCCAAGAAACUGUCUGUCUUCUAUUUUGUGAACUCUGGGUCAGAGGCCAACGAUCUGGCCCUCCGCCUGGCAGAGCAGUACACCCAACAUGAGGACGUCGUAGUGCUAGAUCAUGCAUACCAUGGGCAUCUAAAGUCACUCAUCGACAUUAGUCCUUACAAGUUCCGGAAACUGGCAGGACAGAAAGAAUGGGUUCAUGUGGCUCCCUUACCUGACACCUACAGAGGCAUAUAUAGAGAGGAGCAUCCCAGUCCAGGCCAAGCUUAUGCUGAUACAGUGAAACACUUGAUAGAGGAGAUCAAUAAAAAAGGUCGAAAGAUUGCAGCCUUCUUUGCCGAGUCCUUACCCAGUGUUGGGGGACAAAUCAUCUUGCCCCAGGGAUACUUCUCUAAAGUCGCAGAAUAUGUGCGCUCCGCUGGUGGAGUAUUUGUUGCAGACGAAGUUCAGACAGGUUUUGGACGAACUGGGACUCAUUUUUGGGCUUUUCAGCUUCAGGGAGAGAAUUUCUGCCCAGAUAUUGUGACCAUGGGGAAGCCGAUGGGUAACGGUCAUCCUCUGGCAUGUGUGGCAACUACUGCGGAGAUAGCCGGAGCUUUCACUGCUAAUGGAGUGGAGUACUUCAAUACGUUUGGAGGCAAUCCAGUGUCAUGUGCCAUUGGCUUGGCACUUCUUGAUGUAAUUGAGAAGGAAGAUCUAAGAGGAAAUGCCAUAAGGGUGGGAGCACAUCUCAAAGAUCUGCUAAAAAAUCUACAACAAAGACAUGAAACAAUUGGAGAUGUCCGCGGGGUUGGUUUUUUUGUUGGACUCGAGCUGGUUACAGACAGACAAACUAAAACUCCUGCCACUAAAACUGCAGCGUGGGUGGUAAAGAGGUUAAAGGAAGAAGAUCGAAUUUGUGUUAGCACAGAUGGCCCCUGGGAAAAUGUCCUGAAGUUUAAGCCUCCCAUGUGCUUCAGUAUAGAAGACUCAGAGCUGGUUGUUCAGUGCAUUGACCGCAUCCUCACAGACAUGGAGGCCAAGAAUCUCAAACUGGAAAAUGAAGACAUCUAAAAGUUUGCCAAACCUGUAGAAAACCUUUAAUUGCAUUCAACAUUGUCAAGAUGUCACAUUCAUGAAGUUGUUCAGAGGUAGAGAUUAUCCACACUUCAGGCUGCUGCAGAUGUGACAGGCUUUCAGGUCAUUUCAGAGGUGGCAUUUCCCCCUAAAACACUGACUGCUGUGGGACUUCAAGACUUUUCUGGUACAUCAAGUAUAAAAUGUGGGUCAAAACCCAAUCGAAAUACAUUGUAAAGGAUUUGGGCGUUGAGUUCUCUUGAAGCUACAUUUUCAUGGUAAAAUAUUGUUUUGGGUGCUCAGCGUCAAAUUCAUGGUAUAGAUUUUUGCAGAGCAUGUGAUCAGUAUCUUUACCUUAUCAUAUAACCUUUUUCUAAAGUAAAUGAAAAAUGUCAACUAAAUCAUGGAAAUAAAAGUUUAAAUUCUUUA